CGGCCCCGGUGUGGACUUCCCAAGUCACCCAUUCGUGGGAGCGACUGACGGACGGGAUUAUUUUAGGAAGAAAACAGACUGGGAAAAAAAAUGAAGUUCCAUGUCUUCGUAUUUGUUGGUCUUGUUCACCUUUUAUCCCUGAACUCUGGGAAAGCUGUAUAUGGGAAUGGCAUCUCUCAGAGGACUUUUCAAGAAAUAAAAGAAGAAAUAGCCUGCUAUGGAGAUGUUGCUAAAGCAAUCAUCAACCUUGCUGUUUAUGGUAAAGCCCAGAACAGAUCCUAUGAGCGAUUGGCACUUCUGGUUGACACUGUUGGACCCAGACUCAGUGGUUCCAAGAGCUUAGAAAAAGCCAUCCAAAUCAUGCACCAAAACCUGCAGGAAGAUGGGCUGGAGAAUGUCCACCUGGAGCCUGUCAAAAUACCCCACUGGGAAAGGGGAGAAGAAUCUGCUGUGAUGCUGGAGCCGAGAAUUCACAAGAUGGCAGUUUUGGGUCUUGGCAGCAGCAUUGGGACGCCCCCAGAAGGCAUUACAGCAGAAGUUCUGGUGGUGACCUCUUUCGAUGAACUGCAGAGAAGGGCCCCAGAAGCAAGAGGGAAGAUUGUCGUUUACAAUCAACCUUAUACCAACUACUCGAGGGCAGUACAAUACCGCGUCCAGGGGGCGGUGGAAGCUGCCAAAGUGGGGGCUUUGGCAUCCCUCAUUCGAUCGGUGGCUUCCUUCUCCAUCUACAGCCCUCACACAGGUAUUCAGGAAUAUCAGGAUGGUGUACCAAAGAUCCCAACAGCUUGUAUUACGGUGGAAGAUGCAGAGAUGAUGUCAAGGAUGGCUUCUCGUGGGAGCAGAAUUGUCAUUCAGCUGAAGAUGGGGGCAAAGAACUACCCAGAUGCUGAUUCCUUCAACACUGUAGCAGAGAUCAUUGGUAGCAAGUACCCGGAGCAGGUUGUACUGGUCAGUGGACAUCUGGACAGCUGGGAUGUCGGGCAGGGUGCGAUGGAUGAUGGUGGAGGAGCCUUUAUAUCAUGGGAAGCACUCUCGCUUAUUAAAGAUCUUGGGCUGCGUCCAAAGAGGACUCUGCGUUUGGUGCUCUGGACUGCAGAGGAGCAAGGUGGAAUCGGUGCCUUGCAGUAUUACCAAUUACACAAGGCAAAUAUUUCCAACUACAGCCUCGUGAUGGAGUCUGACCUGGGGACCUUCUUACCCUCUGGGCUGCAGUUCACUGGCAGUGACAAGGCCAGGGCCAUCGUGGAGGAGGUCAUGUGCCUGCUGCAGCCCAUCAAUGUCACACAGGUCUUUAGAGCUGGAGAAGGGACAGACAUUAACUUCUGGAUCCAAGCUGGAGUACCUGGAGCCAGUCUACUUGAUGACCUAUAUAAAUAUUUCUCCUUCCAUCACUCCCAUGGAGACACCAUGACUGUCAUGGAUCCAAAGCAGAUGAAUGUUGCUGCUGCUGUUUGGGCUGUUGUCUCUUAUGUCAUUGCAGACAUGGAAGAAAUGCUGCCCAGGUCUUAGCAAGAGCAAGAGAGAAGGCACUUUUGUCCUUUCUGGCCAGGAAUCCUGGGUCUGCAGCUUCAAGAGGCCCCACUUCACCUAACAAUUUUAUGUGAUCAUUUACAAAGCACAACACUUUUUCAUACUUUCUGAAAUCAUCUUUCUUGAUACUUUCCAAAUUCUCUGUUCCUAGUGUAAGGAAUAAGCCCCACCCCCACAAAGAAUCAGCCAAUGGUAGGGAUCACAGUGGGGGAAUUUCUUUACACCACAUAUUAAAAAUACUGUUUCUACUUUGAAAGUAAAUACUGGAUAAAGUUUUGGAAGACCUCUGGCUUUUAUGCAUGUAUUUAUGAACAUUAAAUACAGUGAC